AUGGGCGACGCCAGCAGACGAGGGAAGGCAGCCGAUGUCUUCGCCGGCACGAGUGAGGACCGUAUUGAGGUACUGGCCCGCGAAGUCCGUUCCGAGAGCCCCAGUCUACAGCUUAUCAGAAACAUGCUCCGAUACAAGAUCCCCAUUGAAGCCGUCAGCAGCGACGGGCAAACCAUCUUCGAGAUUGCGUUGCAGCGAGGCAACGCCGACGUCAUCAGACUCCUCUGUGAAGCCUCGGAAGGGGUAGAUAAUAUUAUCCGCGCUCUGUUUAGGUACUUGCCGCGCGAGAAACAAGUCCUCAAGUGCCUGCCCAUAUGCAUGGCUACACUCGCGCCGACUGCGGCACACAUAAUCGAUCCAGCAGUCCUGUACAAGGCACUGUCCACGUUCCCCGAGGGAGACAGGCUAGUGAACAAGUUGCUCGACUAUGGCGUACCGGCCGGGACACGGGUGGAAUGGAGACUGUCGGACCCUUUAUACCACACACAUAAGUCAAGAGUAUCGGCAGCCUUUGUUUGUACGCUUGAUCCGGGCCGAACGCCGGUCCUCGUAGCCCUCAUGAAGCAGCAUGGGCGCGCCAUCACAGUUUCCACCAUCCCAGGCCGAUCAUUUUCGUGGCUCGCCCAAGACUGUAGAGAGCCAAGACGAGCCGACAUUGUGCAGCAGGACCUCUCCCUCGUCAAUGCCGCGCUAUACCUCGGCAACCUCGACGCCUUUCGCGCCCUCCGCGGCGGGGAUGUCGCCAACGAUGGCUCGCUGCACACGGCCGCCAUGCUCGCGCUGCCCAACUUUGUCCAGUGGCUGAUGAAGCGGCACAGCGCGAACCACGCGCUCGACGAGUUCGACGGCCUGAUUCCACUCGCCGUCGCAUGCCGUGCCCAGACCCGCCCGUGGUGCAAGGUUGCCAACGCCGAGGACAGCUUUGAAAACAGGUGGUACCGCUCUAUGGAGCUGCUCGCGCGGCAAACGGACCUGUCCUGGCGCCACCGGCGGAAGACGGUGCUCCAUUUCGCCAUUGACAAUGGAUCCCAGGCGUUGGUGGUCAUGCUUGACGCGCUCGACGUGGCAGGAGAUGCCGAACGAGACGAGCGCUACACGUACACGGACCGGGAGGGCAUCGUGUAUUCGCCGAGCAGGUACAUUCGGUACGUCUUGGACCCGGAGAAUGAAAACAGUGAUUCAGACAGGAUGAUUCAGAUGCUGCGGCGCGUUGGGAAGUUGAACGAUCGUAUGUACAGGCCACAAGAGCCCGGACCGGGUGUUGAGCAGCCAGUCUCGUGCUGUGGGUUGCCGCGGGAGCUCGAGGUGAAGUGGGCGCCAAUUCUGUAUAGACAUGUGGAGGCUUUUGCACGGGGUGCUUUGCCUGCUCCUGGCUUUGACAGGGUUUCGGAGUGUCCAGAGGUUUCGAGGUGUCCAGAAACUUCGAAGCGACCAGAGAUUCCGAAGCGUCCAGAGGUUCCGAGGUUUUCAGAGUCUCCAGAGUCUCCAGAGUCUCCAUGGUUUCCAGAGUCUCCAGAGUUUCCAGAGUCUCCAGAGUUUCCAGAGUCUCCAGAGUUUCUCGAGUUUCCCGAGUUUCUCGAGUUUCCGAGGUUUCCAGAGUUUCGAGUAUUUUCAGAAUUUCCAGGUCCGUAUCGUUAUUAA